AUACCCACGCACACAAUUUCAAACAACUCGGUCUUACUCAUCCCAAUGUCUACUCAUCUCCGUCAUACUUACAGAUACUUGCUCAACUCGGGCUCACGGGCUGGCAACUUUAGUUGAGGAUUCAAUGGCUCGGGGGUGGUGGGUAUCGAGACGUAGAGAGGCUAGGGGGAUAAAGGUUGGGACAUUCUAUCUACCUAACACUAAAACUACCUAACCCCCCUUUUAACCGAAACCCAACCAUUUCCAGUACCUCCCUGCCUGCUCCCUGUUUGCCCCUACCUCACUCCUACAAGGGGAAAGUCGUCCCCUGGUCUCUAUCUACCCUUCCUCUCCUCCUCAUCCUCCCAACGACCACCCCCCUCCAGCCACCCACUAAACCACCCGGCCACCCCGCCUGCCCACCCACUUGCCACCCGACUGCCGUCGAGGAAACAACCUGCAACUCCUAACCGGCAUUAUAUUCGUUAUAUUUAAUAUCAUUUAACAGUUUUCAUUUAUACAUAUUUAUUUAACAUUUUAUAAUAUCUGUCCCUUUGUACUUGGCUUCCUCGUUUAUUUUUUUUGUUAACAACCCCGUGUUUUUAAAACUACCGACGUUAUACACCGCCACGGGCAACUAUACAACUUGCAACAAUUCAUCAGUACAGGAUUAUAAAUAAAAGCAUCAAAAAUGGAAAGCGGUGCAAUUGGGAUAGGUCGUCUUGAUUGCUAUGAAGACAUGUUCAAAGAAAUAACCCGCAAAUUAUACGGCGAUGAUCCAGAUCAUAGAACUUCCAGUGUACAAAAUGAAUUUGAAGCUUCAGUUUCAUACAAAAAUGAAGAUGACAAUGGCGCUAAUGAUUCGGAUGACGGCAAUUGGACAUGUGAAGAUGAACCACUUAAAGGAACAGACGGUAGCAGAAUAGCUGCUUAUAAUCCUGGAAAAGCAACAUGGCGUUGUUAUGAAUGUGGGGAUUGUUUGACUGGGAGCCCGCGUGAUGUUGCUGAGCACUUUAUGGAAUUGCAUUCAUCUCGAUUACUUGAUGAUGCGCGACAUCAUCGUGACCAUGGAUCGCGCAAGGAUUAUUUACACAGUGAUCCAAAACUCGAAGAUAUACUUAGUUACCUGGAAAAGGUGCGUGAUAAAGCUGAAAGAGUGUCACCACCUUCAAGACGCACUCAAGAAACACAGACUAUUCCAGCUGCUCUGUUACCUGCUACUUCUAAUUUUUUGCUUCAAGAGUUACCUUCAACACCUCCACAACAUUUACACUCAAGUCCAACAAUGAUGACAUCAUCAGCAACAAAUUUAUCCAGCAGUAAACGUUACACAUGUCCUUAUUGCCCUUACGGUACUGACCGACGCGAUCUCUACACCCGUCACGAAAAUAUUCACCGCGAAGAAAAACCUUUUCACUGUUACGUCUGUUACAAACCAUUUAAUCGCGCCGAUCAUGUGAAAAAACAUUUCCUCCGAAUGCACCGUGAGCACACUUACGAGCUGUCGCGAAUACGUCGCAGUCCGGGAUCAUCAGAUGCCAAACCGCCGCUGAUGCAAGACAAUGCCGCAAACACUACCGCUAAUCAAAUAAACGGCAACAAUCAGAAUAGUUAUACAAAUUAUAAUAACAAUAAAAAUUAUCAGUUACCAACUAGUCAACCACCAACGACGAAUCCCGUGACCGCAGUCUAUCAGAACUCGAUGGCGGUAGGAAAUAUCCAAGAUGCCAAUUGUGGUAACAGAAGGAUCCAACCAACCGGAUGUAAUAGCAAAAGUCAUUUGAAAGCUGGAUCUAAAGGCGCCGAACGAAGAUACACCUGUUGCUAUUGUUCUUGGAGCGGCGUUGACAAUUGGUGCUUAAAACGUCACUUGAACACUCAUCUAAAACCAUUUGCUUGCUCACUGUGUGAAUACAAAGCAGCGCGAGCUGAAAGACUAGCCACUCAUGUGCUUAAAGUCCACAACAAAAGACAGUGCUCUAGGUGUUCCUUUUUAGGUGAAGAUUCUGCGCAAUUACAGUUACAUCAAUUACAUGUGCAUCGGAUUAAUAAUGGUAGUCCUGGUAAUGCGAAUAUUGUUAAUAACACUAGUGUUGGUACUACUUCAACUGCACAAACUAGUCUUCAAACAUCUAGUACUACUCCUUGUCGUACGGAUCCUAUCCAUUUAAGUGGAGGUCGUCCACCACCUGGACCUCCAGUAUUUCCAACUCAAUCAACAAUCGUACCACCACCUACAACAAUCCUUGGCAUGACUAAUGGCCGUAACAAACGGAAACAAAGAGCACCACGCAAAAUAGUUAAAAGAAGUGAUUUAAAACAAGAACAAGGAUUAAAACAAACCGAUGAAGAACAGGAAAAUUGUUUCAAUGACAAUGAUGAAGACGAAACAAUUAAUGAUAACAUUAAUAAUAAAACAAAUUGUUUGAAUACAAGAAGCUUUAGGUGUUAUCUAUGUCCAAACAAUGCGCAUGCAAGAGCAUUAUCAACGAAACCUUAUCAUACAAAAGCAUCAUUAACAUUACAUAGGUUAUGGCGUCAUUCACAAAAUAAUAAUAAUAUUAAUAGAAAAAUGGUUGUUGAUAUGUUUAAAAACAAACAAUCGACAGCACAAUCUAUUAUGAUGUAAACAAUGGACAUCUAUAUAUUUGUUUAAGCUUACCAAUGAUCACUUUAAAUAAUUAUUGAUACCGUAAUUAUAGUUAUAAUUUAUAAAUACAAAGUAAAUAAAUAAAAAACGUGCAAUGAAUAUAACUGUUGUUUUUAAACAAUAUGUAAACAAAUGUGUGAAAAAUAAUUUAUAUAAGCAAAUUUAAACAAGUAAUUCAUAAAUUUCAAUGUGAAUACUAUUUAUCUUUUGUUUAUUUUUCGUCAGUACAAAAAUAACAUUUGUUUUCAUUAACCUAUAUUCAUUGUUUCGUAUGUUAAUGA